AUGAGCACCAAAUCCCCACGCUCACACACCGGUAUACUUGCGUCAUCCGACCCCGAGCCCGACGCAGUACAAGUCCGCAAAACACCCGAGGGAAUCACCACCAUCACGCUCAACCGGCCGCAUCGACGCAAUGCCGUCGACGGCCCGACAGCCCGGAAGCUGACAGCUGCAUUCCUAGACUUUGAAAACGACGAGACGCAAAAAGUGUGCGUCUUCCAUGGUGCAAAUGGCACGUUCUGCGCGGGCGCGGACCUGCAGGAGGUCGCCAAGUCAGAUCCAAAGAAGCAAGAGAACGGCAGCAGCACCCAGCGCAGUAAUUACCUCCUCCCCGUCAACGGCCGGGAGAAUAUCGCUCCCAUGGGCCCGUCGCGUCUGCUGAUCCGCAAACCGGUCAUCUGUGCGGUGGCCGGGCACGCGGUCGCCGGCGGCCUCGAGCUCAGCCUGCUCGGAGACCUGCGCGUGGUCGAGGAGGAUGCCGUCUUCGGGGUCUUCUGUCGACGGUUCGGCGUACCGCUGAUCGACGGUGGCACGGUGCGGCUGCAGCGCGUAAUCGGGCUCGGACGAGCGCUGGACAUGAUCCUGACGGGGCGAGCGGUCACGGCGCAGGAGGCGCUGGUCAUGGGGUUGGCCAACAGGGUCGUGCCCAAGGGCAAGGCGCUGGAAGAAGCGACCAAGAUUGCCCGACAGCUGCUGGCGUUUCCGCAGGGCUGCAUGAACGCGGAUCGCGACUCGUGCUACUAUGCGGCAUAUCGGGCGACGUCGAUGGAGGAUGCGCUUGCGUAUGAGUUUCGCAAUGGCGUGCCCAUUGUCGAGAGGGAGAGUCUCCAGGGUGCGGCGAGGUUUAGUGCUGGGGCAGGACGGCAUGGGCGGUUCGACUCGAAGUUCAUGACAAAGCAGGCGUUGACAACACCAUAUACUACAGGUUUAGAGGCAGUAGUAGGGACAGUACCAAUGCUAGGAUAUUCAUCUAGCAGACAGGAUGUUCCUGCAGAGACUUAA